AUGAGGCAAAUUGCUGUUUUCGGUACUUCAGCGUACCCAAAUCUGAGGCGAAAAACUACACUCGCUGAUGUUGGGUAUGCUGUACUUAAUGAAACUGUGGCACCAGCCCCGGAUGGUUGUACCGUCAAUAGUAUUAGUGAUUUAUACUUGGUCAUCUCCGCCUGCACCACUAUUAAUGUCGGUUCUUUUGAAGUACCGGCCGCCAAGCAGCCUCUGAUUAUGUAUCUGAAAACUGGAACUAGAAUAACAUUUACUGGACAGAUUGUAUUUGCUAAGCGUGCAGUAAAAGGCUAUUUAAUUGAAAUUUUUGGUAAAAAUGUACAUGUUUUGGGAUCAAGUACUCAUCAGUUUCACGGUCAUGGAGAAUUAUAUUGGGAUGGCAAAGGAGGCGCUGGUUCGCCCAAACCAGUCUUCAUGUACCUAAGAGGAAUUAAUUCAGUGUUUAUAGGACUUCACCUUUUAAAUUGCCCUAUGAGAUGUGUUGCCAUCGAUAAUUCCAAUAAUAUCAUCGUUUCUCGUUUUCUAAUUGAUAAUCGUGCGGGAGCACACGGCACUGCAGCUCGAGGAAAAGAGGGUCACAAUACUGAUGGAUUCGAUGUCGCUAAAACUCAAUAUCUGAUUUUAAGAGAUCAUGUAAUUUAUAAUCAAGAUGAUUGCGUCGCCAUUAAUGAUGGUGCUCACAUGGUGAUUGACAACUUAUACUGUGAUGGAAGCCAUGGAUUUGAUAUUGCCACUGGAAUGUCCACCACGGAUGUCAAUAGAAAUGUGGUUUAUAAUAUAACAUUCCAAAACUCCCUGUUGUACGAUGGAAUGUACGGUCUUCAUAUUCUAACUUGCAAUGACGGUGGUACCGGAUACGUAAAAAAUGUCUACUAUAAGAACAUCACUUUUAGCGGACCUUCUGACUAUGGAAUCAUGAUUCAGCAAGACUUCGCCAACCUUGCUCAAGGUUCAACCGGGCAUGCAACUGGAAAUGUUCCAAUUUCUAAUGUGAGAUACGAAGGCAUAACGGGCGAAAUGAAUGGAAAAUAUUCAUAUGCUCUAAGUAUUCGUUGUGCAACUGAUGGUUGCUCUGAUAUUGAAUUCAACGAAGUGAGCAUCACUAAUGCCAAGUCCAGCAAUGAAUGCAAAAACUACAUCAUAAGCGGAUGGUGUUAGGAAAAUAUAGUUGCUUGUAUUUUCCUUGUUAAAAAUAUUAAUAAAUAAUUAAAUUUA